AUGCACCGUUUCCUUGUAUUUGUUACCCUCGUCUCGACGGUUCUCGGCGGAACCCUUCAGAUCAUUGACCAUCAAGGCCAGUGCUUCGUAUAUUCUACCCAUAACUUCGGCUGUACCGGGGUUUCAGAGCCGUUCGCACCCCUUGACGGCGUCUCUUGUUCUAGUCUGAAUAAAGCGAAUAAUAGCACCCAGUCUGAUCCUCCUUCAUUUAAAGCCAUGCUUUGUGGCUCCAGCCAACACCCUGCGUGGGUCGAAGUGUAUCGAAGUGGUCUACUUUAUUUUCACAAUUACCAAGGAGACGAAGGGAGCUGCAAGAUCAAUGGAGACCUAGUUAAAGGGAGCUUAUGUACCGUCAGAAACAGUUCGCAGACCUCGUCUCCAGAGAAUCAAUCCCAGCCGACCUCUCCGGUCGCCACCUCCAGCCCGGCAUCGGUUAUGGCAGCAGUGUCGACUCCUAAAAUUUCCUCGGACUCUGAAAGCCCUUCUAACUCUGUAACGGAUUGUUGA